AUGGAUCGCGGGGGUGCUACGAAGCGACUGGUGCAUGAAUGGCGUGCCUUACAGAAGCAAGGCACUACAGAUGAACAUAUUACUAUACUUGAGCCGAUAGACGAGGGGGACUUGACAGCUUGGCGAGCCAUUUUGUGUCCACCUGCCUCUGGCGUUUACGGCGGGGGAUGCUUUGAAAUUGAUAUUCGAGUGCCUGAUACAUACCCUAUCAAGCCGCCAACAAUGCGGUUUCGGACCCGGAUAUUCCAUCCAAAUGUUCACUGGAAGACAGGGGAAAUUUGUUUGGAUGUACUACAAGCCCAAUGGUCCCCAGCAUGGACGUUGCAUAGCGCCUGUACAGCCGUACUUGCUCUGCUUGACACGCCCGAGCCCGAUAGCCCCUUGAACGUGGAUGCAGCCAAUCUCCUCCGCACAGGCGACGCUGUUGCCUAUCGAUCAUUGUGUGCGAUGUAUACGAAAGUGCAUGCGGCAGUAUAA